AUGGAUGAUAUUUCAACUCACCUUACGCCCGGUGCGUUGAAUGAUCUGCUCAGCCCUCCAAAUCUCACGCGGCUUUCUGAGCUCUCAGAUAAGUCGAAGCACUGUCUUGGAACAAGCGCCACAGAUGCCCUGUCCUCUUUGGCUGCCGCCAGUGAUGAGGAACUCCACGAAGCCACCCUUCUUACGGUUGCCUAUAUCGCCUCACAUGCACAAACCGAUCUAGAGGCAGCAAUUGCCGGCAUCUUCAUUGCUUCUAUUAUAGACUCACACACUAUUGAUGAAGAUCUUCUGGUAAAGUUGACAGCUGUUACUGAUCCUCAAGACCCAUGGACAACCCCGGUCGCUGCAUCGGCUGCAUCAAGAAUCCUGUCUGAACAGCUUCCAGCGACAAGGUUGACAGAGUUUAUCGCCGUCAGAAUACUACAGGGCACUCUGAAACCGUUGUUUACAAAAUCUCCAUCAUCAAGGAUCACGGCUUCAGGAAGACCUUCCCAGUAUACCAUCGUAGACGAUCGAUCGCGGGACUUUCAAGCAGCUCAACCGUGGAGAAAUCAAGCCCCAUGGGUCGAGGCCACGGUACAAUGGGCUGUCAGCGCAUCAACUGCACCACUCAUCCGAGAACAUUGGCCUUCGUUCAUGCCAGUCCUGUUAGCGCUUGUGGAGGACGAGUCGAUCGAGGUCAAAGCGAGAGGCCUAAAGACCUUGGCGGCCUUUGUGGAAAGAUGCCCAGCUCAAGUGUUGCAGAGCACAGGCAUUGGACGUGUCUUCGUAGACGUCACCUUUCCUCUUUUACUCUACCUUCCAAGUGUUACACCAGAGGACCAGUCUAUAACCGUCCUUAGCCCAGCAUAUGACGUGCUCAUUAAGCUGGCAGAAUAUACUGGAAAUCCCGCCAGCUCUGAAAGACGAAGGGUCUUUGACAAGAUUCUUAGAGAUGGAAUCUUUGCUGGCCAUCAUCAUGCUUCCCAGCACGCACGUAUAGUGCAGGUUCUCAUGCAGAAGACUACAGUGGUGGUCAAUUGCCUGGGUAUCUAUUCGAGUAAACACCUUUCGCCGCAUCAGCCACUUUUAUCAAUGUCAUCGUCUAUCAUGACAGACCCUUUUGCAGUCGCACAUCCUCCAACACUCCGAGCAACAACCCAGCUACUUGGUGCGAUCAUUGCAAAUACGUGGCCUCGUGUUAGAGAACCUGAGCAUAUGGACAACGUUAUUCGAAUCCUGUCGUUAUGCUGGCUCAAUCUACUGGAAGAGCUUGAACAUGGUUCAUCCCAAGACCAGUCAGAAGAUCUUCAGGCUUUAUCCCAGGAAUUAAUAAGCCAAGGCGAGGCUCUGAAAGCCCUCUGGGCUGAUGAUGCACCGAGAAGGCCACCAAAGCUUGAUGAAGUCUUGAAGCAAGAACCAAAACUGUCAGGACUUUUCCCCAGUGCCUCUGCCUGA